ACACAAGCAGUGGGAAGUUUUGUAUUUUGAGUGUGUGCGGUGUUGUAAAGUAACGGUAGGGAUAUCCGCAAAAAUGAUGGACGCAUUAUCAGUAGUCGCACAGCUGCGGGACCUGGCAUCUGAACCACAGAAUCGGGAGGCGAUCGUUCAGGACCAGGGUUGCCUUCCAGGACUAGUGCUGUUCCUCGACCACAAAGACCCUAAAGUGCUUUUUGCCACCCUCCAGACUUUGCGGUAUCUGGCUGAAUCGCCCCACAACAUCAGCACCAUGAAAAAUGAGCUUGGCAUGAUGAUGAGCCUGGAGAAACUGAUGGAGAGGACUAGUAUGACGACGGAUAUUACAGACCUGGCAAAAGAGGUGUAUGGUGUGUUAAGUUCUCCAACACAGAGACAGGUUCGUCAGAUGCCAGAGCAACAGAAGAGGAGGAACAAACCCCAAUUCUUCAUCAACAGCUCCAGCAAGAAAGCCAAAUCAGUUACCCUGCAUAUACAAGGCUUAGAUGGGGCAGAUCAGAGAGGUGUGUGUGAAGAAGCUCUUUUGAGAGUCAAAGGAGUAAUCAGCUUCACGUUCCAGAUGGCUCUGAAGAGGUGUACUGUACGCGUCCGUGCCGACCUGCCCACUGAGAGUCUGGCUACUGCUAUUGCUGCCACAAAAAUGCUUUCAGCUAAGCAGGUAGUGAAAAAUGAAAAUGGAGAAGAGGUUCUCAUUCCGCUCAGCACCUCUGGCUCAGAGGUAGAAGAGAAUUCACACGUGCCAGAUUACCUGCCAGAAGACGAGAGUCCAGAGAAAGAGCUGGAUCGUGCCAUAUCCCGUACUGGUGCUAAACAAGACACCGGUGGCAGCUGGCUGAACACAGCAGCCAGUUUCCUCACUAAAACCUUCUAUUGGUAAAGUUUGAGUUUCCUGUCUGAGUUUGGACCUCAACAUUUUUUUUAAGAAAGAUCAGCGUGGAAGAGCAGGUUGCACCGCUAUGAGAGCUUAAAGCACUAAUGGAAGGUCAGUGAACUGACAAAUGUGCUUUAACGACCUACAAAAGUUCAAUGUGUGUGAGAUCUCAGCCACAUUGCAACUUUGUACAUCUAUAGAUGUAAGUUCACGUUGUACAUUUAUAUAUGUUUAUGAAAACAUGUCUUUCCUCCCUCUCAGGAUCAGAAAUUUUUCUGUUUCUGCUAUCACAUUUGUCUGCUGUAUCUUCUUUACACCUGAUUUCUUGUAAAUAUUUCUAUUUUUGUCUUAUAAGGGGAAAGUAUCUUGUAUCUUGAGUCCCAUUUAAUAAUGCAAACAACUAAAAGACAGAUUAAAUUUCUAAUGCUGUUUUGUGUAAAAUAAAGGUUUUUGAAGGAAGACUCAUUUUUGCAGUUGA